CUCUCUCUCUCUCUCUCUCUCUCUCUCUCUCUCUCUAUAUAUAUAUAUAUAUAUAUAUAUAGAUCCAAUUCCAAUUUCCCCCACCUGAAUUUCUCUAGCAACAAAUUCAUCGAUCCCAAUCAUGGUCACCAAAGACGAUGCUCGUACUGUUGUUGGCAUUAUAGGAAACGUGAUAGCACUCGUUCUGUUCUUAUCUCCAGUGCCGACAUUUUACAGAAUAUGGCGGAAGAGGUCGGUGGAGCAGUACUCGGCGAUUCCGUAUCUGGCGACGUUCAUAAACUGUGUUCUGUGGGUUCUGUACGGACUUCCGAUGGUGCACCCCCACAGCAUGCUCGUCGUCACCAUUAACGGCACCGGAAUCGCCAUCGAGCUCGUCUACCUCUCUCUCUUCCUCGCCUUCUCCGACUCCAACCGCCGGCGCCUCCGCCUCGCCGGAAUCGUCGCCGCCGAGUGCGCCUUCGCCGCCUCUCUGGCCACGCUGGUGCUGACCCUGGCGCACACCACCCGCCUCCGCUCCGCCGUCGUCGGCAGCAUCUGUAUGGUCGGCAACAUCUGCAUGUAUGCGGCGCCGCUCUCUGUCAUGAAAUUGGUGAUCAAGACACGAAGCGUGGAGUUCAUGCCAUUUUUCCUGUCCCUCUUCUCCUUCCUAAAUGGCAUUUCGUGGACGGCUUAUGCCCUAAUCCGUUUCGACCCCUUCAUUCUUGCACCGAAUGGGAUGGGGACAUUUCUUGGGCUGGCCCAAUUAGUAUUGUACGCUACAUUUUACAAGUCCACUAAGAGAAUUAUGGCGGAACGGAAGGCCCAAGCCGGAUUGGGCUCGGCCCAAAACAUUUCUAAAAUUGAGAUGGUUUAAUUGGCCCAAAUAAAUCUAGCUCUAUUUCAUGUUUCUGAAUUAUUGUAUCCUAAUGUUGGUACUAAAUCGACCAACUUAUUAGUGCCAUUUGAGUAUGAAUGAAGAAGGCUGGUUGUUUAUGUGUUCAUAAA